GCUGGGGGCGUGGCCACGCGUGCCCUACAGGACCCUCCCUGAGUGCUGGCGCCCACCCACCACGGCGGGUGGACGUGAGCGGUGAGUCUUGGCCUCCGACCCCUGCGUUCUGGGUGUCCUCGCACCCCCGGGGGCAGCGGGGCAGGCCCUGCCUCGCCUCCCCCAGGCCUGCAGUCCCAGGGUGCAGCUGUCCGGCUCCUCCCAGCCUGCGCGCUCAGGGUCCCCUCCCCCCUCCGCCCGUGGAAUGGGAUUGCCCUGAGGGUCUGACAGCCCCCUCUGACGCAGCGUGGGGGCCGGGAAGACAUCCCCGCCAGGCGGAUGGCCCAGGAGGAGGAGGGGCGCCUGCACGAGGUGCUGGCCCAGGUCGGGGCCUCCCACGACAUCAAGGACCUGACCCGCAAGCUGCACUUCUAUGACGGCUGGGCCCCAGACUACGACCAGGAUGUGGCUGCCCUGCAGUACCGAGCCCCCCGCCUCGCCGUGGCCUGCCUCACCCAAGCCCACCCAGGCCUGCCGCACACUGCCCUGAUCCUGGACGUGGCCUGCGGCACUGGCCUGGUGGCCGUGGAGCUGCAGGCUCGGGGCUUCGUCCGGCUGCAUGGGGUUGAUGGGAGCCCAGGGAUGCUGGAACAGGCCCGGGCCCGUGGCCUGUACCAGCAACUGAGCCUCUGCACCCUGGGCCAGGAGCCUCUGCCCAGCCCAGAAGGGACGUUCGACGCGGUGCUGCUGGUGGGUGCCCUCAGCGACGGCCAGGUGCCCUGCAGUGCCAUCCCUGAGCUUGUGCGAGUCACGAAGCCAGGUGGGCUGCUGUGUCUGACCACCAGGACCAAUCCGUCCAACCUGCCGUACAAGGAAGCCUUGGAAGGUGUCCUAGAUGGGCUGGAGCGGGCCGGGGCGUGGAGGCGCCUGGUGGCACAGCCGUGGACCGCUGGGAGCUGGCUACCUCGGAGCUGCAGGUGGCGCCCGGGGCCUCAGCCCAGGACGGCUUCAUCUCCGGCAUCGUGUACCUGUACCGAAAGCAGGAAGAGGCCCAGGCUGAGAGAGAGGGGCCCGGGCCCCAGCCCUGCGCUGACCUCUGACCCUUCGUGUGGACUUCUCUGGGUCCCCACUCCUGCACCCUGCCGCUCAGGGGUGCCCCCAGGAGGGGAGAGGGCUCUGCAGGAGAGAACAUUCCAUCUGGGGGUUCAGGAAGCCACAAGUGUUGGGGGGAGGGUGGCGUCCCACGUGGGAGGGCCGUUCUGAGUCCCGCUGUCAUACUUCCAGCCGAUGCAGCGCCUUCCUAAGGUACCUGGGGAGCCAGCGGGUGAUAGCUGCAGUAUUUUGAGCCACUGCCACCACCUGGGAGACCCGGAUGGAGUUCCAGGCUCCUGCCUUCAGCCUGGCCCAGCCCUGGCCCUUGCAGUCUUCCCAGGGAGAGGGGAGACACAGCAAAUGGAAGAUCUCUCUCUCUCUGUCUCUCUCUCUCUCUCUCUUUCUCUCUCUCUCUCCCUGGACUUUCAAAUAAAUAAAUCGAUCUUAAAAAAAAAAAAAAA